AUGGACAAAGAUCUGUGUGACCUUGAGAAGCUGAGAACGGCAGAGAGGCUGGUGGAUGACCUCUCAGGGGCUCUUUCUCAACACUUCCCACGCACGUGGUCAUAUCUAAGUUCACCUGCUCUCGACUCCAAGUCAGCCCAUCCAAACCUGCAAAUAUCGCCGGACAGGAAACAAGUGUACUGGAGAACGCAGCCUGUCAGUGAAACUCUGAGACCUCAACUAAAAGACUUCCAGUACAGCGUCCUCGCUGAGGACAGUUUCAUUGCUGGCAGUUCCUACUGGGAGGUCAUUGUACAGGAGAAACCUUACUGGCUAGUAGGUGUGACCACUGGGCCAGUUGGCAAAGGAGAUCCACUAAGCAAGAGCUGCUCCAGCCUGGGUGUGAACAAUACAUCGUGGUGCAUUUAUCAUGGAGAUGGACAGUACCUGGCAUGCCAUGGCACACAGGAGAAGCAGCUUUUAGUGGAGAAGAAAGUCAGAAAGCUGGGCAUUAUGGCGAACCUCCAGAAGGGAGAGCUGGCAUUCUACAAUGCAGAUGCCAUGACCUUGCUCCAUUCUUUUUGUGUGCAGUGCACCAUGCCUCUCUACCCCAUGUUAAACCCAUGCAUUGAUGUGAAUGGACGAAACACACAGCCGCUCACUAUGUUUUGGAUUAAAGACCCCUGGGAUUGGCACGUCAACACAGAAGGUGUCAAAAAGUGAACUUGAGAGGAAACCUUGACUGUAAAAAAAAAGAUUGAAGCCUCACGGAUGACGCUCUGUAUUUUUACUUGUUUUGAUUCUGUUUGUUAAUUCACAUUAAAUAUCAAAUAUGCUGGACUUCCCCUUGCUGAAUCCGUCCAGGGAAAAUUACAAUGAGUUGUCUCAUCACAACGAUGAGACCAUCAUUA